AUGUCGGGAGGAGAAUCGCGUAGCCCGGACAUGUCGAGAGCCGGAGACGGCUGCCUCGGAGAUGGUGGUGACGAUGAAGAGAGCGACGGUGACGGCGGUGAAGUAAACCCAGCAUCCGCCGACGCUGAAUCCACUCAAAAGAAGCGCAAGAAGCGCAACAAGAAGAAGUCCAAGAAGAAGAGCAAGGCCGACUCUCCUGGCGAGCAAUCCUCCCCCCCGAGGAUCCCGUUGGACAAGCUGUUCCCCUCCGGCAACUUCCCUGAGGGCGAAGUGCUGGAAUACCAGGCCACGGCACGCACCACAGCCGCCGAGCGUCGCUCGAACGCUCGGCAGCACUGGGAAGACGACACCUUCCUCCGAAACUACCGCAAAGCCGCCGAGAUCCACCGCCAGACCCGGCGAUGGGUGCACGAGACAGCCAAACCCGGCGUGUCCCUUUACGACAUUGCCGUCGGUAUCGAGGAUAGUGUCCGGGCGCUGCUAGAUAAUGCCGGCUUAGAAACCGGAGAGGCCCUCAAGUCCGGCAUGGGCUUCCCCACAGGCCUGUGCUUGAACAACCAGGUCGCACAUUACACGCCCAACCCUGGUCAAAAGCCAGUCUUGCUACAAGAACAGGAUGUCUUGACUGUCGACUUCGGGGUCCACAUCAACGGCUGGAUCGUCGACAGCGCUUUCACCACGGCGUUCGACCCGACCUACGACAAUCUCUUGGCUGCGGUCAAGGAUGCGACCAACACGGGUGUUAAGACGGCCGGUAUUGACGUGCGUAUCAGCGACGUCAGCGCUGCGAUCCAAGAAGUGAUGGAGAGCUACGAGGUUGAAAUCCGCGGCAAGACGUACCGUGUCAAGCCCAUCAGAAACUUAUCAGGUCACAACAUCCACCAGUACCGCAUUCACGGUGGCAAGUCCAUCCCGUUUGUGAAGAACCGCGACCAGACCAAGAUGGAAGAGGGCGAGGUCUUUGCCAUCGAGACCUUCGGGUCGACGGGGCGCGGCUACAUAGUCGAUGACGUUGGCGUCUACGGUUACGGGCUCAACCACAAUGCCCCGCUAAAUGUGCCCGUGGCUCUGCCUUCUGCCAAGCGUCUGCAUAAGACCAUUAGAGAGAACUUUGGCACGAUCGUGUUCUGCCGCCGUUAUCUCGAGCGCCUCAACGUCGAGAAGUACCUGGCUGGCAUGAACUGCUUGGUCCAACAAGGCGUCGUGGAAGAGUAUGGGCCGCUGAUGGACGUCAAGGGGUCGUACUCGGCCCAGUUUGAGCAUACUUUCCUCCUUCGUGGGACGCACAAGGAGGUUUUCAGUCGUGGAGACGACUACUAG